UGGCGAGAGAGCUCUCCACCGCCUCAUUUCCCAGGAGGUGGCCGCCCGCCGCCCCCCGCCUGAAGCCCGCGUUUUGGCCGAGAGCGGGUUCUUGGAUGCUGAAGGCUGGGCUCCUCCAGCGCGGGUGCCCAGGCGGCGAUGGGUGUCUUUCAAGUGUGGCUCGGGGUGGCCCUAGCACUGGCGGAAUUUGCAGGAUUGCCUCAUCGCUCUGAAGGUGCUUGUGUCUAUCAGGGUUCCUUGUUGGCGGAUGCCACAAUUUGGAAGCCCGAUUCGUGCCAGAAUUGCCGUUGCCAUGGUGAUAUUGUUAUCUGCAAACCUGCUGUUUGCAGAAACCCUCAGUGUGCCUUCGAGAAGGGAGAAGUGCUUCAAAUAGCCGCCAACCAGUGCUGCCCCGAGUGUGUGUCCACGACUCGUGGGUCUUGCCAUCACGAAGAGAAAAUCUAUGCGCAUGGAACAGAGUGGGCCUCCUCUGUGUGUAGUGUGUGCUCCUGCGCUCACGGAGAAGUCCGAUGUAGUCCUCAACCAUGCCCACCGCUGUUGUGUGGACACCAGGAGCUGGAAUUCAUCCCUGAAGGAAGCUGCUGCCCCAUCUGUGUGGGCCCUGGGAAGUCCUGUUCCUACGAAGGCCGUGUGUUUCAGGAUGGGGAGGACUGGCCACUGAGUUCGUGUGCCAAAUGCAUGUGUAGAAAUGGGGUCACCCAGUGCUUCGCGGCUCAAUGUCAGCCUCUGUUUUGUAAUAAGGAUGAAACUGUGGUUCGAGUUCCUGGAAAAUGCUGCCCCCAGUGCUCUUCCGGAUCCUGCUCCGCUGCUGGCCAAGUGUACCAGCAUGGUGAACAGUGGAGUGAAAACGCCUGCACCACGUGCCUAUGUGACCGGGGCGAGGUCCGGUGCCACACGCAAGCCUGCCCCCCUCUAAGAUGUGAAAAGGGUCAGAGAAGGGCUCAGCGCCAUGGGGAGUGCUGUGAGGAAUGUGUGUCUCCUGCCGGAAGCUGCUCCCACCACGGGAGUGUGCGGUACCAGGAUGAGAUGUGGCAGGGCUCGGCCUGUGAGUUCUGCGUGUGUGACCGCGGCCGAGUGACCUGCCACACCGGAGAGUGUGCCAGGGUGGAGUGUGCCCAGGGUGAAGAAUUAAUUCACUUAGAUGGAAAAUGCUGUCCUGAAUGCAUUUCAAGGAGUGGCUAUUGUGUUUAUGAAGAAAAUGCAGAAUUUAUGUCCUCAAAUGCGAGUGAAGUUAAACAUAUUCCAGAGGGAGAGAAGUGGGAGGAUGGCCCUUGCAAGCUGUGUGAGUGCCGCGGGGCUCAGGUCACUUGCUAUGAGCCCUCAUGUCCACCGUGUCCAGUGGCCACACUAGCCCAGGUGGGGAAGGGACAGUGCUGCCCAGAAUGCACGGCAGUUUACUGCCACCCAGACUGCUUGACCUGCUCUCAAUCUCCAGACCACUGUGUCCUCUGCCAGGACCCCACGAAGCUGCUGCGGAAUGGACGGUGUGUGCACAGCUGCGGCCCAGGAUUUUACCAAGCUGGGGCCCUCUGUUUAGCCUGCCAGCCUCAGUGCUCCACGUGUUCCAGUGGCCUGGAGUGCUCCUCCUGCCAGCCGCCCCUGCUGAUGCGGCACGGGCAGUGUGUGUCCACCUGCGGGGAUGGCUUCUACCAAGAUCGCCACUCCUGUGCAGCCUGCCAUGAGUCCUGUGCCGCCUGCUGGGGUCCCACGGAGAAACACUGCCUGGCCUGCAGGGACCCGCUCCACGUGCUGAGAGAGGGCGCCUGUGAGAGCAGCUGUGGCCCUGGGUUUUACAACAAGCAGGGCACCUGCAGUGCUUGUGACCAAUCCUGUGAAAGUUGUGGCCCCAAUAGUCCCAGAUGCCUUACCUGUGCUGAGAAGGCAGUGUUGCAUGAUGGCAAGUGCAUUUCUGAAUGCCCUGGUGGAUACUAUGCUGAUGCCACUGGCAGAUGCAAAGUCUGUCAUAACUCGUGUGCCAGCUGCUCGGGACCCAGGGCCUCUCACUGUACAGCCUGCGCCCACUCUCGGGCUCUGCGCCACGGCCGCUGUCUGCCCAACUGUGGAGAGGGCUUCUACCCCGACCGCGGGAUCUGCAAAGCUUGUCAUUCCUCUUGUCUGACUUGUGUGGGUCCAGAGCGCUCUCACUGUACCCAGUGCAAGAAGCCAGAGGAGGGACUGCAAGCCGAGCGGCUGUCUGGUGUGAACAUCAGCUCGGGCGAGUGUCUGUCUCACUGUAGAGCCCAGUUUUACUUGGAGAACACUGGGCUGUGUGAAGCUUGUCACCAAUCCUGUUUCGGGUGUGCAGGGCAGAGCCCACACAACUGCACAGCCUGCUGGCCUUCCCAUGUGCUGAUGGAGGGGCAGUGCCUCUCCCAGUGCCCGGAUGGGUACUUUAACCAGGAAGGCAGCUGUACAGAAUGCCACCCCACCUGCAGGCAGUGCCAUGGCCCAUCCGAAUCUGACUGCAUUUCCUGUCACCCUCAUGUCACUAUUAAUGGUGGAAACUGUAGGACCAGCUGCAAGGAAGAGCAGUUCCUCAACCUCAUGGGGUACUGUGCUGACUGCCAUCCUCUGUGCCAGCAAUGUGCAGCUGAUCUCCACAACCCCGGGAGCAUCUGCCUGAGGUGCCAGAACACCCAGUUCCUGUUGCUGGGGGACCACUGUGUUCCCGACUGCCCUUCUGGAUAUUACACGGAGAAAGGAGCUUGUAAAAAAUGUCACUCCUCCUGUAGAACCUGCCAGGGCAGAGGACCCUUCUCCUGCUCCUCAUGUGACACCGGCCUCGUUCUGUCCCACCUUGGCACCUGCAGCACCACCUGCUUCCCAGGGCACUAUCUCGAUGACAGCCAUUCUUGUCAAUCAUGCAACCCGCACUGUGGAAGCUGUGAUUCACAGGCCAGCUGUACCUCCUGCCGCGAUCCAAACAAGGUCCUGCUCUUUGGGGAUUGUCAGAAUGAGAACUGUGCCCCACAGUACUAUCUUGACUUCUCCACCAAGACAUGCAAAGAGUGUGAUUGGAGUUGCAAUGCGUGCAGCGGGCCUCUGAGGACAGACUGCCUGCAGUGCAUGGAUGGCUACGUUCUCCAGGACAGCACCUGCGUGGAGCAGUGCGCACCAUCAUUCUACCGGGACUCGGGCCUCUGCAAGGGCUGUGACAGCCACUGUCUCCAGUGCCAAGGUCCCCAGGAGUGUACCCGCUGUGAGGAACCAUUUCUCCUCUUGGGAGCCCAGUGUGUCCAGGAAUGUGGGAAGGGAUACUUUGCAGAUCAUGCCAGUCACAAAUGUGCAGCCUGCCCUCGGAGGUGCUUGCAGUGCAGCCACAGAAGCCGGUGUCACCGCUGUGACCAUGGGUUCUCUCUGAAAAGUGGCCUUUGCGUUUCCAACUGUGUUCCUGGCUUCUCUGCCCACUCAUCUAACGAAACAUGUGCUGGCAGAACACACACUCCUGGUCUUCAUGUGAAUGGUUCUCUCACCCUGGCCAUUGGUUUAAUGAAGCCACUGGAUUUUUCCCUCCUGAACGUCCAAGACCAGGAUGGCAGGGUCGAAGACCUCCUGUUCCAUGUUGUGAGCACGCCCACCAACGGGCAGCUAGUGCUCUCGAGGAAUGGGAAAGAGGUGCAACUCGACAAGGCUGGCCAUUUUAGCUGGAAGGAUGUGAAUGAGAAAAAAGUGCGCUUUGUGCACAGCAAAGAAAAGCCCAGGAAAGGUUACUUUUCCCUGAAAAUUAGUGACCAGCAGUUCUUCUCUGAGCCACAGCUGAUCAAUAUACAGGCAUUUUCAACACAGCCCCCCUAUGUACUGAGAAAUGAGGCUCUCCACAUUAGCAGAGGAGAGAGGGGAACCAUCACCACCCAGCUGCUUGACAUCCGAGAUGAUGACAAUCCACAGGAUGUGAUAGUUGAAGUGCUGGAUCCUCCACUUCAUGGCCAAUUGCUUCAAACACUUCAGUCCUCUGCAACCCCUGUCUAUCAGUUCCGGCUGGAUGAAGUCUCCAGGGGCCUUCUCUACUACGCUCACGAUGGUUUGGAUAGCACAUCUGAUGUUGCAGUCUUGCAAGCCAAUGAUGGAUACUCUUUCCAAAAUAUACUGUUCCACGUGAAGAUUGUGCCCAAGAAUGACAAAGGUCUUCGGCUUGUGGCCAAUUCAAUGGUGUGGGUUCCGGAAGGGGGAAUGCUGCAGAUUACCAACAGGAUCUUACAGGCCGAAGCCCCAGGUGCCAGAGCCUCAGAAAUCAUCUACAAAAUUAUGCAGGACCACCCCCAAUUUGGGGAGGUGGUCCUUCUGGUUAAUAUGCCUGCAGACAGCCCCGCUGAAGAAGGCCAGCACCUGCCUGAUGGGAGGACAGCAACCCCCACCAGCACCUUCAGCCAGCAAGACAUCAAUGAAGGCAUCGUGUGGUACAGGCACUCAGGAGUCCCAGCCCAGAGUGACUCCUUCCGCUUUCAGGUUUCCAGUGCCACCGAUGCCCACACCCACCUGGAGAGCCGCAUGUUCAACAUCGCGAUCUUACCGCAGACGCCUGAAGCGCCUCAGCUCUCUCUGGGAGCGUCUCUCCAUAUGACUGCUCGGGAAGAUGACCUGACUGUGAUUCAGCCUCAUUCUCUCUCUUUUGUCAACUCUGAGAAGCCAAGUGGAAAGAUUAUAUACAAUGUCACUUUACCUCUGCAUCCAAGUCAAGGUAUCAUCGAACAUAGGGACCAGCCCCACUCUCCCAUCCGGUAUUUCACACAGGAAGAUAUUAACCAGGGCAAAAUCAUGUACCGCCCUCCCACGGCAGCCCCCCACCUCCAGGAAAUCAUGGCCUUCUCCUUCGCUGGUCUCCCAGAAUCGGUGAAAUUCCACUUUACAGUUUCGGAUGGAGAACACACGAGUCCGGAGAUGGCCCUCACCAUUCACUUACUUCACUCGGAUCGGCACCCCCCAGUGUUCCAGGUCACAGCUCCACUGCUCAAGGUCAGCCCAGGAGGCAGAACUUCCAUAGGGCUGCAGGUGGUAAUAAGAGACACCGAGACAGCGCCUGAAGAACUCCUCUUUGAGCUUCGGAAACCGCCCGAGCAUGGCGUGCUCCUUAAGGACACAGCUGAGUUCCCAGGGCCCAUGGCCCCAGGUGACACUUUCACAUAUGAGGAUAUUGAGAAAAAUGUGCUGCAGUAUCUCCACGACGGCUCCUCCGCACGGGAGGACAGCCUGGAGAUCUCGGUCACAGAUGGCCUCUCGGCGAUGACCGUGGACGUGAGAGUGGAGGUGUCCCUGUCAGGCGCCCCAGCGCCUCGGCUGGCUGCCGGUGCCUCUCUGAGCAUGACCGUUGCUAGUGAAAGCACAGCUGUAAUCACUAGAUCUCACCUUGCUUACGUCGAUGAUUCUUCCCCCGACUCUGAGAUCUGGAUUCAAUUAAGUUCUCUGCCCAUGUAUGGGACUCUUUUAAGAACCUCAGGACUUGAAGUGGAAGAAAUCUCAGAGGUUGCCAAUUUCACGAUGGGAGAUAUCAACAACCAGAAAAUUAGGUACUCAGCCGUGUUUGAGACCGAGGGUCAGCUGGUCACGGAUAGCUUCCAUUUCUCUGUGUCUGAUAUGGACCACAACCGACUGGAAAAUCAGAUGUUUACCAUCAUGAUCACUCCUGUCAAGAAUCCACCUCCAGUCAUUGCCUUUGCUGACCUUAUCACGGUUGACGAGGGAGGGAGAACUCCACUCUCAUUUCACCAUUUCUUUGCUGCUGAAGAUCAGGACAACCUACAGGGCGAUGCCGUCAUUCAACUAAGUGCUCUGCCCAAGUACGGCUGCAUUGAGAACACAGGAACAGGUGAUCGUUUUGGUCCUGGAACUACUAGUGACCCAGAGGCGUCCUUCCCAAUUCAAGAUAUUCUGGAAAACUACAUUUACUACUUUCAGAGUGUUCAUGAAAGCAUUGAGCCCACUCAUGAUAUCUUUAGUUUUUAUGUAAGUAAUGGAAAUAGUCAUUCGGAAAUCCACAGCAUCAAUAUCACCAUCGAGAGGAAGAAUGAUGAGCCUCCCAGGAUGACUUUGCAGCCCCUGCGCGUGCAGCUGAGCUCGGGAGUGGUGAUAAGCAAUUUUUCUUUGAGCUUGCAAGACCUGGACACCCCAGAUAAUGAGCUGAUUUUUGUAUUGACAAAAAAGCCUGACCACGGUCACCUACGCCAGAGGCAGACUGCUUCUGAGCUUCUGGAGAAUGGGAGGAUUUUAGACCAGGGCUCCUCAUUCACCUACCAGGACAUCCUGGGCGGGCUGGUGGGGUACACGCCUGGUGGGCCUGGUGUGGAGGUGGAUGAGUUCUGGUUCUCUCUCUCUGAUGGACUCCACAUGGACACUGGGAGGAUGGAGAUAUACAUUGAGCUGCCUACGGGUGAUGCCCCCCACUUGGCUGUUAACCGAGGCCUACAGCUCUCAGCAGGGUCUGCAGCACGCAUCACAGAACAGCACUUGAAAGUGACAGACACUGACUCAGAUGAAAGUCAGGUGAUGUUCAUUAUGAAGGAAGAUCCUGGUGCUGGGCGCCUGCAGACAGUGAAGCACGGCAACCUGGAGCAAAUCUCCGUCAAAGGCCCCAUCCGGAGUUUCACGCAGGCUGACAUCAGCCAAGGCCAAGUAGAAUACAGUCACAGAAAAGGAGAAUCUGGUGGGAACUUUGACUUUAAGUUUGAUGUGGUUGAUGGAGAAGGCAACAAAUUGAUCAGCCAGUCAUUUCCCAUCAUUGUUUUGGAAGACAAAUCCCCACCGGUCAUCACCACCAAUAAAGGAAUGGUCUUAGAUGAAAACUCAGUGAAGAAAAUCACCACCCUGCAGCUCUCUGCCACUGACCAGGAGAGCGAGCCAGCAGCACUAACCUACAGAAUCACCAGACAGCCCCAGCUGGGCCACCUGGAGCAUGCAGGGUCACCAGGUAUCCUGAUCACUUCUUUUACUCAGGCUGACCUGGCUUCACGAAACGUUCAGUAUGUCCACUCCAGUGAGUCCGAGAGCCAUUCAGAUGCCUUCAGCUUCACGCUCUCGGAUGGAGUCCAUGAGGUGACCCAGACGUUCCACAUCACCAUUCGCCCUGUGGAUGACUCGCUGCCCGUUGUACAGAAUGUGGGGAUGCGGGUGCAGGAGGGCGUGAGGAAGACCAUCACGGAAUUUGAGCUCAAGGCCGUGGAUGCAGAUACAGAGGCUGAGUCUGUCACGUUCACCAUUGUGCAGCCCCCGCGUCAUGGCAGCAUCGAGCGAACCACCAAUGGGCAGCAUUUCCAGUUCAUCUCCACCUUCACCAUGGAGGACGUCUACCAGAACCGAGUCAGCUACAGCCACGAUGGCAGCAACUCCCUCAAAGACUGGUUCACCUUCACUGUUGCUGAUGGGACGAACCCCUUCUUUAUUAUUGAGGAAGGAGGGAAAGAGAUUAUCACAGCAGCGCCUCAGCAGUUCCGAGUAGACAUCCUCCCAGUGGACGACAGCACUCCGAGAAUUGUCACAAACCUGGGGCUCCAGUGGCUGGAGCGUGUGGAUGGCAAGGCAACCAACUUGAUCACCAAGAAAGAACUGCUGACCCUGGACCCGGACACGGAAGACCUGCAACUUGUCUAUGAGAUCGCUACGGGCCCCAGGCAUGGCCACGUGGAGAACAAGCUGCAGCCUGGCCGAGCUGCUGUGACCUUCACACAGGAGGAUGUGAACUUGGGGUUGAUUCGUUACGUGUUGCAUGAGGAGAAGAUCCAUGAGAUGAUGGAUAGUUUUCAGUUUCUGGUGAAAGACAGUAAACCCAACGUGGUCAGAGACAAUGUCUUCCACAUCCAGUGGUCCCUCAUCAGCUUUAAACAUGCUAGCUACAAUGUCAGUGAGAAGGCGGGGUCUGUCAGCGUCACAGUGCAGAGGACUGGGAACCUGAACCAAUACGCCAUAGUUCUGUGUCACACGGAACAAGGCACCGCCAGCUCCAGCUCCAGGGUCAGCUCCCAGCCUGGGCAGCAGGACUACGUGGAGUAUGCUGGCCAGGUGCAGUUUGAUGAGCGAGAGGACACCAAAUCCUGCACCAUUGUCAUCAACGAUGAUGACGUGUUUGAGAAGGUGGAGAGUUUCACCGUGGAGCUCAGCAUGCCAGCAUACGCCCUACUAGGGGAGUUCACCCAGGCGAAGGUCAUUAUCAAUGACAAUGAGGACGAACCCACAUUAGAGUUUGAUAAGAAGACCUACCGGGUCAACGAGAGCGCUGGUUUUCUGUUUGCACCUAUUGAAAGAAAAGGGGAUGCAAGCAGCAUUGUGUCUGUGAUUUGCUAUACCAUCCCUAACUCAGCUAUGGGAAGUAGCCUCUACGCUCUAGAAUCGGGCUCUGAUUUUAAAUCUAGAGGGAGGUCUGCUGACAGUCGUGUGAUAUUCGGGCCUGGUGUCACCAUGUCCACCUGUGACGUCAUGCUCAUUGAUGACAGCGAAUAUGAAGAGGAAGAAGUGUUUGAGAUUGCCCUGGCAGGUGCUUCUGACAAUGCCCGCAUCGGAAGGGUGUCAUCGGCCAAGGUGCUCAUCAGUGGUCCCAAUGAUGCCUCCACUGUGUCCCUGGGCAACACGGCUUUCACUGUCAGUGAGGAUGCAGGAGCAGUGAAGAUCCCAGUUAUCCGCCAUGGGACUGACCUUUCGACCUUCACAUCUGUCUGGUGUGCUACGCGUCCCUCAGACCCAGCUUCUGCCACUCCAGGAGUCGACUAUGUUCCCAGCUCUAGGAAGGUGGAAUUCGGACCAGGUGUCACUGAGCAGUAUUGCACCUUGACAAUCUUAGAUGACACUCAGUAUCCAGCAAUUGAAGGGCUGGAGACAUUUGUGGUUUUCCUCAGCUCAGCACAAGGGGCCGAACUGACUAAACCUUUCCAAGCUGUCAUUGCCAUUAAUGACACAUUCCAGGAUGUGCCCAGCAUGCAGUUUGCCAGGGACUUGCUCCUAGUGAAGGAGAAGGAGGGUGUUCUGCACGUGCCUAUCAUUCGGAGUGGAGACCUGAGCUAUGAGUCGUCGGUGAGGUGCUAUACUCAGAGCCAUUCAGCUCAAGUCACAGAGGACUUUGAGGAGAGAAGAAAUACAGACUCUUCACGGAUUACGUUUCUGAAAGGGGAGAAAAUGAAGAACUGCACUGUCUCCAUCCAUGAUGACUCGAUGUUUGAGCCUGAGGAACAGUUCAGGGUCUUCCUCGGCCAUCCCCUUGGGAAUCACUGGAGUGGAGCCAGAGUUGGAAAGAAUAGCAUGGCCACCAUCACCAUAUCCAAUGAUGAAGAUGCCCCCACCAUUGAGUUUGAAGAAGCUGCGUACCAAGUCCGGGAACCCCCGGGGCCCGAUGCCACGGCCAUUCUGAACAUCAAGGUGAUCCGCAAAGGGGAUCAGAACAGGACGUCCAAGAUCCGCUGCAGCACGCGGGACGGGUCUGCCCAGUCUGGUGUGGAUUACUACCCGAAGAGCCGAGUCUUGAAGUUCAGUCCCGGUGUGGAUCAUAUCUUUUUUAAAGUCGAGAUCCUGUCCAAUGAAGACCGGGAAUGGCAUGAAUCAUUCUCCCUAGUCCUUGGCCCAGAUGACCCGGUGGAAGCAGUUCUUGGUGAAGUGACCACUGCCACAGUGACUAUCCUAGACCAGGAGGCAGCAGGGAGUCUCAUACUGCCAGCACCACCCAUUGUUGUCACACUUGCGGACUAUGACCAUGUGGAAGAGGUUACCAAGGAAGGAGUCAAGAAAUCUCCCUCCCCAGGUUACCCUCUGGUCUGUGUCACCCCUUGCGACCCUCAUUUCCCCAAGUAUGCCAUCACGAGGGAGCGCUGCAGCGAGGCUGGCAUCAACCAGACGUCCGUGCAGUUCAGCUGGGAAGUGGCCGCCCCCACUGAUGGCAACGGGGCCCGGUCUCCCUUUGAGACCAUCACUGACAACACACCGUUCACCAGCGUCAACCACAUGGUCCUGGAUAGCAUUUACUUCAGCCGGAGGUUCCAUGUGCGUUGUGUGGCAAAGGCUGUAGACAAAGUGGGUCAUGUGGGGACCCCCUUAAGGAGCAACGUUGUUACCAUCGGGACAGACAGUGCUAUCUGCCACACCCCCGUCGUGGCGGGGACAGCCAGAGGCUUCCAGGCCCAGUCCUUCAUCGCGACCUUGAAAUACCUGGAUGUCAAACACAAGGAGCAUCCGAACAGAAUCCACAUUUCGGUGCAGAUCCCACACCAGGAUGGAAUGCUGCCCCUCAUCUCCACCAUGCCCUUGCACAACCUGCAUUUCCUGUUAUCCGAGUCCAUCUACAGACACCAGCACAUCUGCUCCAAUCUCGUCACCACCCGCGAUCUCAGAGGCAUCUCAGAGGCAGGGUUCCUAGACGACAAGGUCUAUGACAGCACGGCCAUGGGGCCUGGCUAUGACCGCCCCUUCCAGUUUGACCCCAGUGUCCGGGAGCACAAGACCAUCCAGCUCUACAAACACCUCAACCUGAAGAGCUGUGUCUGGACCUUUGAUGCCUAUUACGACAUGACCGAGUUAAUCGACGUCUGUGGGGGGUUCGUAACUGCCGACUUCCAGGUGAGAGACUCUGCCCAGUCGUUCCUGACCGUGCACGUGCCUCUCUAUGUGUCGUACAUCUACGUGACGGCCCCCCGGGGCUGGGCCUCCUUGGAGCACCACACCGAGAUGGAGUUUUCCUUCUUCUAUGACACUGUUCUCUGGAGAACAGGAAUCCAGACAGACAGCGUGCUCUCUGCAAGGCUUCAGAUAUUAAGAAUCUAUAUUCGAGAGGAUGGCCGACUCGUCAUUGAAUUCAAGACCCAUGCCAAAUUCAGAGGACAGUUUGUGAUGGAGCACCACACCCUGCCAGAUGUGAAGUCUUUCAUAAUGACACCAGACCACCUGGGAGGAAUGGAAUUUGGCCUGCAGCUACUGUGGAGUGCUCAGACCUUUGAUUCUCCUUACCAACUCUGGAGAGCCACAAGCUCUUACAACAGGAAGGACUACUCGGGGGAGUACACCAUCUUCCUGAUCCCUUGCACCGUGCAGCCCACACAGCCGUGGGUUGACCCAGGAGAGAAGCCUUUGGCCUGUACCGCACAUGCCCCGGAAAGAUUCCUGAUACCCAUUGCGUUCCAGCAGACCAACCGCCCUGUGCCAGUUGUGUAUUCUCUCAAUACUGAAUUUCAGCUCUGCAAUAAUGAGAAGGUGUUUCUGAUGGAUCCCAACACAUCUGAUAUGUCACUGGCAGAAAUGGAUUACAAAGGAGCCUUCUCAAAAGGUCAAAUCCUUUAUGGCCGAGUACUUUGGAAUCCAGAACAAAACCUUAAUUCUGCUUACAAACUCCAGCUGGAGAAAGUCUAUCUUUGUACUGGCAAGGAUGGCUAUGUGCCUUUCUUUGAUCCCACCGGGACAAUCUACAAUGAAGGGCCACAGUAUGGGUGCAUUCAGCCAAACAAACACCUAAAACACAGAUUCUUGCUGCUGGACCGCAGCCAGCCAGAGGUAACCGAUAAGUACUUCCAUGACGUGCCCUUUGAGGCCCACUUUGCUUCCGAAUUGCCUGAUUUCCACGUGGUCAGUAGCAUGCCGGGUGUGGAUGGGUUUACUCUGAAAGUAGAUGCGCUCUAUAAGGUGGAAGCAGGACACCAGUGGUACCUCCAGGUCAUCUACAUCAUUGGCCCUGACACCCUCUCAGGGCCCCGGGUCCAGCGCUCUCUCACAGCCCCUCUGAGGCGCCACCGAAGGGACCUGGUGGACUCCAGUGGCCGGCUGGCCCUUGCCGAUUCCCUCAUCUAUGACAAUGAAGGGGACCAAGUCAAGAAUGGCACCAAUAUGAAGUCCCUCAAUCUGGACAUGCAGGAGCCCGUUGUAGCUGCCUCCCUGUCCCAAACGGGGGCGUCUAUUGGCAGUGCGCUCGCUGCUAUCAUGCUUCUGCUUCUGGUGUUCUUGGUGGCUUGUUUCAUCACCAGGAAGUGCCAGAAACAGAGGAAGAAACCGCCCACAGAGGACAUUUUGGAGGAAUACCCUCUGAAUACCAAGGUGGAGGUGCCCAAGCGGAGCCCCGACAGGGUGGAGAAGAACGUGAGCAGACAGUACUGCACCGUGCGGAACGUCAACAUACUGAGCGACGCCGAGGGGGCGUACGUGUUCAAAGGUGCUAAAGUGAAAAAAUUGAAUCUGGAAGUCAGAGUUCACAACAAUUUACAAGAUGGAACAGAAGUUUAAUGGAGGAGACCCAUGUGUAUUUUUUUCUAAAAUCAUUUUUAUAAAACGGGAGAAAUACUGGUAUUUUUAUAAUCUUGCAGAUGAAAAGGGAAAACUAUAGCUUUGAGCAGGGGAAGGCACACAUCACUUGCAUCAACUCACAACUGAGCUACCUCACUCAACGAAGAACCCCUAGAACCCCCAGAGUACUGGAGUCGCUGUUUCUGUGGAUCCCUUUAGUAGUCUCAGUAGCUGCAGUUGCUCCUGGAAGGCCGAUCUUCGAAAGCGAUUGUGUGUUAGUGUUAGGACGGGAGGUAGACCCAUAGGUUAGCUGAUGCAGUUCCGAGGACGGGGAAUGGACAGUGGCAGAUCUCAGAAAGUGACCUUCAGGGCCUUUGGUUUCCUCCCCCACUUCCAGCUUUCUUCCACUUGGGCUUUUCCUGAGCCUCUGGACAACAGAGUUCAAAUGGCUGGCACCCAGAUUCCAUUCAGAAUUCUGCUAAUCAGCACAAUGUUGUAUUUCUCAUUGCAUCCACUUGACAGCCUGCACUCACUCCAUGGCCUCUAAUUGCACUUUGCCAUUUCCAAAGUCCUUUUCACCUGGGGGUUCAAAGUGCUCCAGAUACUCACAGGAGAAACCUCGGGCAUGACAGGAGGGGGAGCUGAAACCUACAGAAAGGAGGGGCCUGGCAAGCACCUCAGAGCUAUCAUGUUUCUGCACUGCACCCUCGUCCCAGGGAGAUGUCCUUGUGCCCAACUAGUUGAUGCUGCAUCGAGGACAUGUUAGGACACCUUUCUGUCAAAGGAUGCUACAAAACAAGGUCACUUCCCAUGACCUUUUUCUGCAUCGCCAUGGAUGCUUUAAAAACCUACCACAUUUCCUGCUACCCCAGGCUUUGCCCAGUCCAAUAAUAGACAAGCCCAUGUGCUUUGCUAGCUGUGGGGUUUUUAUUGUGCUAGGGUUUCAGGAAAGUAAGUGAUUCAUUUGAAUAAAGCAAAUUAGGAUAAAGCCCAGGCCAGAGUGAAAUCAGUGAAUAGAUGCCUACUAAUAUAAAGUACUAGUACUCACAGCAGAUAAAGGCACCAUUCCUGGUACCGUACAUAUUUCAGGGAUUUCUCUUUAUGGGGGUUCUUUUCUGGUAGCUCAGGCACUUAUUUUUACCAUAUCAGCACAUGACAAGGCCAUAAACACCUGGCUUUUAAAUGAUUUCGUGUUCAAAUAGCAACUUAACGAUUUUGCACAUUGUGUACACACCGCUUGCUAUUGUGUUUCUUUUUGGUUCCUGCCUUAUUGCAAAACCAUAAGCAUGCAUGUCUUAAACUGGAGACACCAUUUCAUUAUUCUCUUUCUGAUGCCUGGCAUACCAUAAUCAUUGAGCAAAUGACAGCGCACCUGCAUCGCAUAAUAUUUGUACUAGAAUGACCCAAGCUCUUUGGAACAUUCCAAACUGGGAACACUUUGGUACUAAAAGCUAGAAAGAAUGAACUCUGAAAGGUUUUUGGCAUCUCUACCGUACUCCAAGCUCCUUGAGAGUAGGGCCUGUGUGAACCGUGACUUUGAUUAUUCAGCAGUGCCUUGCAUAUAACAAGCACUCCAGAAAUAUUUGUUGAGUGAACAGAUGACUGGUGUCACAGGUGAGUUAUAGGGGAAUAAAUUUAGAAACAGGAAGUAAGAGGGUAUGGUGGCAAUAUCACAAGGGAAAUGUAGAGAGAAAAGCAAAAACUGGCUUCUACUUGGAUUAUGAAAUAAUCUCAUUGGAACAAAGAAGCACCAGUUUACGUAGACAUGAAUCUGGCCAUGGUCUUAAGGAGGACUGAACCGACAAGUCAUAAUAGUGCAUUAGCAGGAGGUGAGACUGUGACUUGGUCUCCAGAGCAGGACAUAUAGAGGAAUGUCUGACUUAGCAUGCUUCGAUGAGUGUCAAGUCUUCAUGAUAGGAUGAAUCGAGGGAGCCCAGAGCCGGAAACUCCUGACUGGUCUGGUGCCACUUGAGACACCAGGCAAUUUGGGGCAGAAUUUAUGUACCCGCCUCACAAACAUCCAGAAUUGGUGUCUCAUGGCUCCCUGCUCACCAGAGGGGCAGACUCUUCUAACAACCUACAGGGCUCAUGCUAAUUCUUCAAGGACAGGAAGCCAGUCAUUUGAGGAGCAACUUUGAUUUGGUCCUUUAUUUAUCGUUCCUCAUGCCAGAUGCUUACACAUUAAAGCAACAUCUUUCCAUUUGCUCAAAUAUUCGUCUUGCACAUCCUCUCCAUUACUACCAAAGGGGACACGUGCAUGGGAAGACCGCAGACAGGUGGCAGGGUGAAGCUAGUUGGGAAGCGAUGGAGACUGAGAUCUCUGCGUGCUCCUAGCAGCCUCCAUGGAGGAGGUCUUGCAUGACCAGGGCAGCGGCCUGUGAAGACCUUGAGGUAGUGAAUCAUCUGUGUGAAAGGAAGCCCUUGGAAUAGUCCUGCCCUCCUUCCUCUCAGCUCUUCCCCCCACUACAUACAUGUUCCUGAAUGCGGUGCUUCUCUAGUGUUAAGAGAUGUGAACUUGAGAUUGACUCUUUUGAUACAGAAUUUUGUAUUUCAUUUGUUUUAUACUUCAUUUAGGGAUCAGACCAUUUGGUGGCUGAUGUGGGAUUAUACUUCAAAACUCUGCUUUCUGUUCCUGACUUGCUCACUAAAGCCCUGUGUGUGUUACUAACCUCUUACAGCAUGCCUUUAGGUAAGAAGGAACAAAGCCCCCAGGGGGUUGCUAUUUGCUAUAGCACACUGGCUGGCUGUGAAGGUUAAAAGAAAGAAGAGUCUGCAGCUGUUUUCUGCCUGCAUUGUCCCCGGGCCUCCUCAAGGACUCCUGCAGUCUCACUGGUGGAUGGGGAAUCAUGGUGGAAUAAGUUUGCACAACCUUCUGACAUUCAGGCUCGGUGUCCUGUAGGAAUUCUUGUGAUUCUUGGAUACUGCGCACCUGCUCAGACUGAGUAAAAUAUUUGUGGUGCUGUCAACCCGAUUUCUUGACUCUCAAAUGAUUUUUGUAUUUCCAAUACCAAUUUGUGUGUGAUGAAUUUCUGAUCUCUUCAAUAGCAUAUACCACUAUAUAAAUUUGUAUUAAUAAA